GACUCUAUUUGCUGAGGAGCAAAAACAAUAAGUCUAAGUGAGACCCGGAGGUCAUCAACCCCUGCCUUUGUGCCCGGACAUGCAAGCCACCUAAAGCAAUCACUAACCUGUUUUUAAAAGAAACCUCCAAUCAGGGAGAAUCCACAACUUCUUUUUGUGAACUGUUGCACCGGGCAACGGCACACUACAAAUGUCUCUUCCCACCGAUGUGUACUCUUAUCGGCCUAUUCUUUUUUCUCCCUCAUUUGCAUUAACCCUUUCUUGCCUUUUUCUGAACUUCUGGGCCUUCUCUUCUCAGAAGCGGUGGGAGGCCAGUGUUACUCUGGACACAGCCAGGAUGGAAAGGAACUAGCCAGACUUCUCCUCGGGGAGGCUGUCGGGGUUUAGAAGGUCUGUUGUGGCCAGUGUCAGAAGCCUGCCCGGCUCCAUCACCAGCCCUUAACUUCCUCCUCGACCCACUGGAGACCACGUAGACACCUGAGUGGAGGCGACAGCUGCGUUCAGCAAACCAUGCAUCAUGCCAGAAGGAGCCAACGGCAGACUUUAAACUCUGUGCAGCAUGUGGACGAAGCUCAGAAAUGAGCUGUCCGGACAAGCCAGGGCAACUCAUAAACUGGUUCCUCUCCUCCCUGUGCGUCCCGAGGGUGCGGAAACUCUGGAGCAGCCGGCGCCCCAGGACCAGGAGGAACCUCCUGCUGGGUACGGCCUGCGCCAUCUACCUGGGCUUCCUGGUGAGCCAGGUGGGGCGCGCCUCUGCCCCGCACGGAGGGCGCGCGCGCAAGGGGCCGCGCUGGAGCCGGGCCACCGCCGAGGCCCCCUUCCCUGAGAUACCCCUGGACGGCACGCUGGCCCCUCCCGAGUCCCAGGGCAAUGGGACCACGCUGCAGCCCAACGUGGUGUACAUCACCUUGCGCUCCAAGCGCAGCAAGCCCGCCAGCAUCCGUGGCACCGUGAAACCCAAGCGCAGGAAGAAGUAUGCGGUGGCUUCUCAGGCCCCGGGACCCGGGACUUUGGUCGGACCGUCCCUUCGGCCUCAGGAAGCUGCAAGGGCAGCUGAUGCUGAAGUGCCCGGGCACGUCCUGGGAGGAAACCUGGCCAAGGCUGGGGAGCGACCCUGGGGGUGGAUGCAGGGUGUGGGAGCGCAAGGGGGGGACGCAGAUGUGCAGCUGCCCCGGGCCGAGGGAAGCAACAUCAGGAUCUACAGCGAGAGCGCCCCGUCGUGGCUGAGCGGAGAAGACAUCGGCCGGAUGCGCCUGCUGGCCGACGGCACGGUGGCGGGUCUCCAGCCGGCCUGGCCCAGGAGCAGAGCGCGCCUGCUGGUGUUGCAGGGGACCGGCCGGCCCGCGGGGCCCGCCUGCGGCCCCAGCCCCUGCGGGCUGCUCAAGCAGCCUCUGGACAUGAGCGAGGUGUUUGCCUUCCACCUGGACAGGAUCCUGGGACUCAACCGGACCCUGCCUUCUGUGAGCAGGAAAUCCGAGUUCAUCCAAGAUGGCCGCCCAUGUCCUUUCAUUCUCUGGGACUCAUCCUUAUCUCCAACGAGUAAUGAGACCCACUCUUCUGUUAAGCUCACCUGGGGAACUUAUCAGCAGUUGCUGAAACAGAAGUGCUGGCAGAAUGGCCGCGUACCCAAACCUGAAUGGGGCUGUACUGAAAUACAUCACCACGAAUGGUCCAAGAUGGCUCUCUUUGAUUUCUUGUUACAGAUUUAUAAUCGCUUGGAUAUAAACUGCUGUGGGUUCCGACCUCGGAAGGAAGAUGCCUGUGUACAGAGUGGACGGAGGGCGAAGUGCGACAACCAGGAUGCCGUGGCUCUAGCCCACAUUGUCCAGCGAAAGCAGGACCCAAGGCACUUGGUCUUUAUAGACAACAAGGGUUUCUUUGACCGAAGCGAAGAUAACUUGAACUUCAAACUGUUAGAAGGCAUCCAAGAGUUUCCUGAAUCUGCAGUUUCUGUUUUGAAGAGCCAGCACUUACGGCAGAAACUCCUUCAGUCUCUGUUUCUUGAUAAAGUUUACUGGGAGAGUCAGGGAGGUAGACAAGGAAUUGAGAAGCUUAUCGAUGUAGUUGAACAGAGAGCCAAAGUCCUGCUCACCUACAUCACUGCACAUGGGGCCAAAGUGUUACCUAUGAAUGAGUAGCAAAAGGUCUUGUGGCUAGAGUUCUACAUAUAUUUAUGCAUUUUUGUUUUGGGGUCAAGUACACAAACCUCAAGUCCUUUUAGGGAUGAGGCAGUAGCGAUGAAUACACAAAAUAACUGAAUUUAAUCAAGUAUAUAUGAUGAGCCUGAACACUAUAAGCAGACUCUAAAAGCUUUUACAAUUAUACUGCUACAAAAGGUGUACAUUUUCCUUCAACACCAUGACCUGUGAGUCGCAACAUCUGAGCACAGAAUGGUUGCAGUUAUUAUCCCAGCUAGCCGUGUUAAAAUAUCUGUCGUGUCGGUUAGUGUGAAUCAGACGUAGUGACUCCUUUAAUAAUUUGCUGCUCUGAUGGGAACGGCUCUGGAUGUCCUUCUGUUGCUAAUUGUUAGAACAUAGAGCAGUCUCAACACUAUGCACAGGCAGCUCUAUGUUGGAAAUUGGAGGUGUAUGAUCUGCAGAAACCUCAGAGCUUACGGUAAUUCUUAGGAGAAAUGGUGGUUUAUUUGUAAAACCCCCAGUGUAUAUUCUAUUGUACCUAUAAAUGAUCAGCCAGCUCUGUGAUCCUGAGCUCAAGAAUCGCAUUUUCCAUUCCUUUUUAGAGAGGUAUUUGUUGCCAGUAUAGAAACCAUCCAUAUCCGAAGAUUUAUACGUUAAGUAGUUUUGCUCUCUCAGUUUCGCUCCAACUUACGUCUAGUGGCUUAGACAUUCAGCAGUUAUAAGGUAUUUACACAUGUGAAACUAUACUUACAGAGUAGCUUUUUGUUAAGUGGAUGCUCUUUUUACACUUUUUGUCAUCUUUACCAAGGAUAUACUAUAAUUUCUGUAUAUUUCAUUAAUAACAGUGGGUUUCUUCUAAUUUGUUCUGUGUAAUUAUAUUUAAGCUGAAUUAAUUGAUAUUAUCCAGAUAUUGACCAUAGGACCGGAUACUGAAUGUGUUUAAAUAUAUUGUUUGGCUUAUUCUAAUAUGAAAAAUAUGAACAACAUCAAUUAAAACCCAACGCUGAUCAAUUCUCCUCAAUGAAAGCACAUGACUAGAACUGAAACAGCCAAAAUUGUUUAGGCUCAAAUAAUUCUCUCCGAACUCUACCAACUUCUUAAUGAGGUAGAAGGACAUGAACACAUAGUAUUCCUGUGUUGAGUCUUCAUGUCCUUGAAGGUGUCCACAUAAUGGUGUUUGAUAGAUGGUCACAUAGAGAUUUCAAAUCCUGAACAAAUCAUUAUUACCCUCCCCCCAUCCCUUAUUAAGAAGCUAUUCUACUGACUUCUUUCAGUUUAAAAAUACAAUUUAAGAAUGUUUAUAAUGCAUUCUAUCCUCUGUUUUCUCAGUUCUGCAUGUUAUUCCUAAAAUGCACCUCAUUUUCUGUGUUCUGAUCGAGGGUCACUCAAUAUCACUGUAAAUUAGAACUAUUGAAGACAUUUUGAUAAAGGCUAGCAUAUCUAUAGGUUAUAAUUUACACCAAUGAAUGGGGCAGAAUGUCAAAAUAGCAUGUUGAACACAAGAGAAGACAGACCAAGGGAAAAGGAAUCAUUCAAUCAUCUAAUUAUAACUUUUCUAGGGUUGCAUUCAAGCCCUAUUCUCAGCACCUUCCCUUGCUGGCGGACCCUUGGAGAGCUGGUCUUCAGACGAUCUUCUCUUCAGUGUCCCCUCUGUAGCCCUGAGUGCCUCCCCUGGUCCUACACAUUCAGUGUACGCUUGGACCCUCAUGCGUCUCCACGUCUGCCUGCUGGAUUUGGGCUUUUUAAGAUCGCUUUAUGUCUCAAUAAUCAGCACAUUAAUGAAAAAUUGGCCUAACAGAAGUCUGGAGAUCCAGACUCUACUUUAAAAUAACUCUUUGUCAAGUUGCCUUAUACCUUGUCUUAUCCAUGUGGCAUAUUUGCAUUUUAAAAUGCUUUUUAUGGAAUAUACCAUCUUAUCCAAAUUUGUGAAAUUGAUGCUGGGAAUAUUCCAUGGUCCUCAGAAGCGGCUUUAAUUUUGCAUCUCAAGCUACACCAUUUUGGGGUAGCUUUGUCCUCCCACUAGUGGGUCUGAUUGUAAGGUCCAGGAACACAUGUUUAUUUUAGUCACCUUUGCUUUUCAACAAUGUAUUUUGUUUUGGAAUCAGUGAAUAAUUCAUGCUGUAUUAUUUUUGAAUAAUGGAUGACUGAGGGCCAGGCUUUUCAUUCUAAUAAGUAAUACCCUGCUCUUACUGGAACUAAGGGAACACUCUGUGCCUUUCAGGUAUACUCACUAUGCUGUGGUUUGGUUCACGUCGCACGUUAUGGGGUUUAUUUGUAACUUGACAAAUUUGAAAUAGAGCAGUUUACCUGGGCAGACAUACAAAAGCUUAUUCUUCUGUGAUUAUUUUUUUAGCUGAUAUUAUGAAAAUAAAUAUCUAAAAAAUAUAUAAUAAAAAUAUUAGAAAUGAAAGAUGUGUGCUUUUUAUUCGUAGGUGGUUUUUUUGUUGUUGUUUUGUUUUUGUUUUUGUUUUUUUGUAGAUGGGCUGCUUUUCAGAAGUGAAGUCUAGGAGAAUGUUUGCUGCCUUCAUUCAUGAUAAAAGAAACAACUGAAUAGUCAAAAAUUGUACUGGAUUGUGUUUGUGUACGCAUGUAUUUGAUAUCAUUAACAGUGAUUUCAUGACUUCUCUUGGUGUACGUUUAGCAUUGUUUUAGGUGGUAUGAAAAUUAGGUAACAGGUAUCAUAAACUAGAAGAAAACACUAAUUUAGGGUUUUCUUUGCUUUGGGUGAGUCUUACCAUUAUGUUUAAAGUUUUCUUUAUAGUAUUCAUAUUUAUUAAGCUUAUUAGGCACCUGGGGAGCUUAUUAAAAUAUAAAGUGUUUUAGACUUAUGCUCAAAAUAUUUAUAAUCCCUGAACUUGUGUAAUAGCCUGUUUAUACCAUUGUACUUUUAAAUAUACAUUAAAUUACAGCUAAUGACUAAAAUAACCUAGUUGUAGAUUCAUCUACACACUGUCUUAUGAAAUUCUAAUGUUUAUCUUAGCACAGAACAACUAAUGCCCAUCUAGGGCACUAGUCUGAAAAUAUGAUAUGGGAAUUGUACAUGGGUCAAAUAAAGAUGAUGAAGACCUUUCUCUAAAAACUAAAUAGUGUCAUCAAGAAUUAAGAACUUUCAUGAAUGAAAGAUGAUUCGACUUGUCAGAGAAGUUUCCAGACACUUGGAAAUAGCCAGAAGUGUUCUUUCAGUGCAAGGCUGGGCUUGAGUUUUUAUUGAAUGGACUAUUUAACAGUGCUCUAAAGCAGAGGUUAACUUGUCAAUUUUUAUCCCAGGGAGAUGCAAAUCAUUUCUGUCUGGUGGAAGAGACAACCCUAAUGGUUUUACAGUUUAUUACCUUGUUGGACAUUAACCAGUUUUUAUAUCUAGUCCAACCAUCUUAUCCUAACAUAGCCUGUAAAUAUUUAGCUUUGAAAUACUCUUUGAAAUGAUCUUACCAUCUUACUGGUUCCCUUGUUAAUUAAUUAUUUGAAUAAAAUCUUUGACAUAUGUUCAUUUUACAUUUGCAUAGGAGUUGCAGUUCUACCUUUUUGAAAAUUUUGCUUUAAUAAAUUUUUGACUGCAGAACCAAA